GAGAGAGUGGAGCUGGCAGCACAGCAUCACAGAGAGAGUGGAGCUGGCAGCACAGCAUUACAGAGAGAGUGGAGCUGGCAGCAGAGCAUCACAGAGAGAGUGGAGCUGGCAGCACAGCAUCCCAGAGAGAGUGGAGCUGGCAGCAGAGCAUCACAGCCAAUGACCUCAGUGGUUCUGCAGCAGAGAGAGAGAGAGAGAAGUGAGAGAGAGAGCGGGUGAGAGGGGGAGGGGGAGAGAAGCGGUAAUGGUAUGACACACUCCUAAUCUAUAACCGGAGACGCAGACGGGACAGGACUGGACCAAGAGUGUUCGGUGCAGCUCCCGGAGCGUCUGUCUCUGCGCAAGAUGCUCAGCAGAACCGGGGAAAACCUAUCGACCGAUUAACUACGUUAGUCCCUGUUAGGUUAAGGAAGAGAGUCAGAAUGACUAUCCCCAAAGAUAUUCCUGAAAAGUGGUUCCCCAUCGUUCUUCCACUGCAACAGAAGAAACAACAAGGACUAGCUGCUAAAACCAAGAAGACGUGGACAGAGGAGGAGAGGAGGGUUCGGGCCAAUGACAGAGAAUACAACGAGAAGUUUCAGUAUGCGAGUAACUGUAUUGUGACGUCUAAGUACAACGUCAUCACCUUUCUGCCCGUCAACCUGUUUGAACAGUUCCAGGAAGUGGCCAACACCUACUUCCUCUUUCUGCUCAUACUGCAGUUGAUUCCUCAGAUCUCGUCUCUCUCCUGGUUCACCACCAUAGUGCCUUUAGUCCUGGUGCUCAGCAUCACUGCAGUAAAGGAUGCCACCGACGACUAUUUCCGUCACAAGAGUGACAACCAGGUGAACAACCGGCAGUCUCAGGUCGUCAUCCACGGCUCUCUUCAGAAGGAGAAGUGGAUGAAUGUAAGAGUGGGUGAUAUCAUUAAACUGGAGAAUAACCAGUUUGUGGCAGCUGACCUUCUCUUACUGUCCAGUAGUGAACCUCAUAGCCUCUGUUACAUUGAGACAGCAGAGCUAGAUGGGGAGACCAAUAUGAAGGUGCGUCAGUCUCUGUCUGUGACUGCAGAGCUGGGAGACCCCAACAGCCUGGCCUCUUUUGAUGGUGAGGUGGUCUGUGAGCCUCCCAACAACAAGCUGGACAGGUUCUGUGGUCUUCUGUGCUGGAGAGAUUGUAAAUACCCCCUGAGCAACCACAACAUGUUACUACGAGGCUGUGUUCUCCGCAACACAGAGACCUGCUACGGACUGGUCAUCUUUGCAGGCCCAGACACCAAGCUGAUGCAGAAUAGUGGUCGGACCAAGUUCAAACGCACAAGCAUUGACCGCCUCAUGAACACACUGGUGCUCUGGAUUUUUGGCUUCAUGGUGUGUAUGGGUGUGAUCCUGGCUGUGGGGAACGCUGUGUGGGAGAGAGAGGUGGGUUCUCUGUUCCAGAGUUACCUUGCCUGGGACCUGCCUGUAGACAACUUCCUGUUCUCUGCUUUCCUCUCCUUCUGGUCCUACGUCAUCAUUCUCAACACCGUGGUGCCCAUCUCACUCUACGUCAGUGUGGAGGUGAUUAGGCUGGGUCAUAGUUUUAUAAACUGGGACAGGAAGAUGUUCUGUCCACAGUGUAACACAGCAGCUGAAGCCAGGACCACCACUCUCAACGAGGAACUGGGACAGGUGGAGUACAUCUUCAGUGACAAGACAGGAACUCUCACUCAGAACAUCAUGAGCUUCAGCAAGUGCUCUAUCAAUGGACAUGCCUAUGGUGAGGUGAUCGACCCGUUGGGAGCACAGCCAAAGAGGCUAGACUUCUCCUCCUUCAACCCCCUGGCGGACCCUGACUUCUGUUACUAUGACAACGGUCUGCUGAAGUCGGUGAAGCUGGGAGACCUUCACAGCCACGAGUUCUUCCGGCUGCUUUCCCUCUGUCACACCGUCAUGAGUGAGGAGAAGAAGGAGGGAGAGUUGAUGUAUAAGGCCCAGUCUCCAGAUGAGGGUGCAUUGGUGACAGCAGCCAGGAACUUUGGUUUUGUGUUCCGGUCUAGAACCCCUGGUACUGUCACUGUGACAGAGCUGGGCCGACCAGUCACAUACACACUGCUGGCCAUCCUCGACUUCAACAACAUCCGCAAGAGGAUGUCCGUUAUAGUGCGUAACCCCGAGGGGAGGAUCCGUCUAUACUGUAAAGGAGCUGAUACUCUGUUGUUUGAGAGGCUCCACUCCUCCAACAAUCACCUGGUGAACAUCACAACAGAUCACCUUAAUGAGUAUGCUGGGGACGGUCUGCGGACCCUGGCCCUGGCCUACAGAGACCUGUCAGAGGAACAGUGGGAGGAGUGGUCAGAGAGACACCGCCAAGCAGACAGAGCUACAGACUGUAGAGAGGACAGACUGGCUGACAUAUAUGAACACAUAGAACAGGACAUGAUGCUCCUGGGAGCCACAGCCAUAGAGGAUAAGCUACAGGAGGGAGUUCCUGAGACCAUCGCUAUCCUCUCUCUCGCUAACAUCAAGAUCUGGGUCCUCACGGGAGACAAACAGGAGACAGCAGUUAAUAUAGGUUACUCCUGUAAGAUGCUGACUGGUGAUAUGACUGAGGUGUUCAUCAUCAGUGGAAACACAGUGCUGAGUGUUAGAGAGGAACUCAGGAGAGCGAGGGAGAGGAUGAUAGAGUUUGCCUGUUCUCUGGGGAAUGGGUUUGGGGGAGACGGGGGAGGAGAUGGGAGAGAGUGGCCCUCCGUGCUAGACUCCAUAUCUGGAGAGUUCGCCCUCGUCAUCAACGGACAUAGUCUGGCCCAUGCGUUGGAGGCUGAUAUGGAGGGGGAGUUUGUGUCUACAGCGUGUGUCUGUAGAGCAGUGAUCUGCUGCAGGGUGACUCCUCUACAGAAAGCCCUGGUGGUGGAGCUCAUCAAGAAACACAAGAAAGCUGUCACCCUGGCCAUAGGAGACGGGGCUAAUGAUGUUAGCAUGAUCAAGACGGCUCAUAUAGGAGUGGGCAUCAGUGGUCAGGAGGGCAUCCAGGCAGUGCUGGCGUCUGACUACUCCUUCUCCCAGUUCCGCUUCCUCCAGCGCCUGCUGCUGGUCCACGGACGCUGGUCCUACCUCCGCAUGUGUCGCUUCCUCUGCUACUUCUUCUACAAGAACUUUGCCUUCACCAUGGUGCACUUCUGGUUUGGCUUCUUCUGUGGCUUCUCUGCCCAGACAGUAUAUGAUCAGUACUUCAUCACUCUCUAUAACAUCGUCUACACCUCUCUCCCCGUGCUGGCCAUGGGAAUAUUUGACCAGGACGUCCCAGAGCAGCGUAGUCUGGAGUAUCCUAAGCUGUAUGAGCCAGGUCAGCUUAACCUGCUGUUCAACAAGAGAGAGUUCUUCAUCUGUAUAACCCAGGGUAUCUACACUAGUGUUGUGUUGUUCUUCGUACCCUAUGCCAUCCUGUCCCACGGAACCCAGGGCACCGGGGAACCCCUCGCUGACUACCAGACCUUUGCUGUUACCACGGCCACCGCCCUGGUGAUCGUGGUCAGUGUGCAGAUUGCUCUGGACACAGGCUACUGGACAGCCAUCAACCAUUUCUUUGUGUGGGGCUCUGUGGGCUCCUUCUUCACCAUCAUGUUGGCUAUGCACAGCCAGACUCUAUUCAGCAUCUUUCCCAACCAGUUCCACUUCGUAGGCAGUGCCCAGAGCACACUGGUCCAGCCACUCGUGUGGCUGACCAUCGUCUUGGCCACAGUGAUCUGCAUCGUUCCAGUUCUGGCUUUCCGAUUCCUCAAACUGGACCUGAAACCACAGCUCUCUGAUACGGUGCGUUACACCCAGCUGGUGCGUCAGAAGACGAGGAAGCCAGCGGGUCGAUGCAUGGGAGGAGUCAGGUUCGGGGGCGUGCCUGAGGGUCGUCUGGGGGCGAGGUGCGGGUUCAGGAGGUCAGGAUAUGCCUUUGCCCACCAGGAGGGCUUUGGGGAGCUCAUCACCUCUGGGAAGAACAUGAGACUGUCCUCCCUGGCCCUGGCCAACUUUGCCUCCAGACACAGCUCCAGCUGGAUAGACACCCUGCGCAAAAAGAAACACUCAAAUACACAUCCCCCGCAGAACGCCUCAGGAGAGAGCAGCCCGGCACCUAGCUAUGUGUCGGGAUCGGCUCCCCCCCUGUCUAAUUCAUCCUCUCUCCUGGGAGGGUCACAGGAUACUCCCCUGGAGGAGGGAACACACACGCUGCCUGUCAUACUCCCACAGGUGGCUUCUGGCCCUCCCACAAACACACCAGCGUUAGCUCCAGCCCAGGUCCCCUCUGCUGACGCUCUCACUCCCACCUCUGUGAGGAGUCCUGGGGGAGACUCGGUUGGUGGCUGGAACCUUAGUCUGGGCGCUGUACAGGAUGCUCUAUUUGGUUGGAGGGGCGUCGCCUAUCGCACCAGUGGAACCAGCAGCCCGGGACCUCCACCUGUUCCCAAGGAAACCAACCACACCGUGUGAGACGGACAGACAGAUGGACAGAUGAUAGAAAGAAGAAGGACAGGCUGUCAUAUCCCACUGGAUUAUCUUGGAAUAUGUGAAGAAAUCCUGCAUUUGGAAGUUUGGAAUACUGAAGGUGGAAUGUUUGGAAUGGCACUCACCCUGGGUUAUGAAGAGAUCCAAAGUGGCAGCCAUUGUAGGCGGAAGGCAUACACACCUAUCACCACUCACUGGCAUUUGUAUGACACUGUCGUUGCAAUAGUGUUGGUACAUAUAUGUGUCCGUCUGAAAGAUAGUGUGUGGUAGUUGUGAUAGACAUGCUCAGACUACCCACAACCCACUUCUCUGUCUUCUUCAACCAAUGAGGCAGGCUGAAAGAAGCACUUCUUCAUGCAAAUGAUGUAACCAUCUGCUGAAGAGCUUGGUACCACAGGGUUCCGGACAGAAACCCCGCUCCAACAGCACCCCUGUGGUUCAGACAUGACUAUACUAUUUAUACAAUGGAUCAUAUGUCAUAACAUCAUAUCAGAUUGGUUCAAACCAAAGUAUUGAAUUGAGUCUUUAUGACAGAAGAGAGGUUCAUUUGAUCAUCAGAAAGGUGGUGAAUUGAGUCUUUAUGACAGAAGAGAGGUUCAUUUGAUGGUCAGAAAGGUGGUGAAUUGAGUCUUUAUGACAGAAGAGAGGUUCAUUUGAUCAUCAGAAAGGUGGUGAAUUGAGUCUUUAUGACAGAAGAGAGGUUCAUUUGAUCAUCAGAAAGGUGGUGAAUUGAGUCUUUAUGACAGAAGAGAGGUUCAUUUGAUGGUCAGAAAGGUGGUGAAUUGAGUCUUUAUGACAGAAGAGAGGUUCAUUUGAUGGUCAGAAAGGUGGUGAAUUGAGUCUUUAUGACAGAAGAGAGAUUCAUUUGAUCAUCAGAAAGGUGGUGAAUUGAGUCUUUAUGACAGAAGAGAGGUUCAUUUGAUGGUCAGAAAGGUGGUGAAUUGAGUCUUUAUGACAGAAGAGAGGUUCAUUUGAUCAUCAGAAAGGUGGUGAAUUGAGUCUUUAUGACAGAAGAGAGGUUCAUUUGAUCAUCAGAAAGGUGGUGAAUUGAGUCUUUAUGACAGAAGAGAGGUUCAUUUGAUGGUCCGAAAGGUGGUGAAUUGAGUCUUUAUUACAGAAGAGAGGUUCAUUUGAUCAUCAGAAAGGUGGUGAAUUGAGUCUUUAUGACAGAAGAGAGGUUCAUUUGAUGGUCAGAAAGGUGGUGAAUUGAGUCUUUAUGACAGAAGAGAGGUUCAUUUGAUGGUCAGAAAGGUGGUGAAUUGAGUCUUUAUUACAGAAGAGAGGUUCAUUUGAUCAUCAGAAAGGUGGUGAAUUGAGUCUUUAUGACAAGAGAGGUUCAUUUGAUGGUCAGAAAGGUGGUGAAUUGAGUCUUUAUGACAGAAGAGGUUCAUUUGAUCAUCAGAAAGGUGGUGAAUCGAGUCUUUAUGACAGAAGAGAGGUUCAUUUGAUGGUCAGAAAGGUGGUGAAUUGAGUCUUUAUGACAGAAGAGAGGUUCAUUUGAUCAUCAGAAAGGUGGUGAAUUGAGUCUUUAUGACAGAAGAGAGGUUCAUUUGAUCAUCAGAAAGGUGGUGAAUUGAGUCUUUAUGACAGAAGAGAGGUUCAUUUGAUCAUCAGAAAGGUGGUGAAUUGAGUCUUUAUGACAGAAGAGAGGUUCAUUUGAUCAUCAGAAAGGUGGUGAAUUGAGAUGAAAUAGCAGAAUGAGUGUUUUUUAUGAUCAGCUGCUGUUAGACAUAGUACUCCAAUACACCUGUCUGCAUCCAGCUGUUAACCAAUCAUAAACAUGUCUUUAAUAGGCCAAGUAAUGUUAUCUACCUUCUCUAAUAAUGUAUGACAGCGUGUAAACCAAUGCAGUAGUGUAGAGCUGUCCCUCUAACCUGUACAGUCUGUAUGAGGAAUGUCUAGAACCUUAUCAGUGGUCCUGGUCUUUGUAUUCAUGAUUACAUAUUGCUGUGUCACCAUGCCCAAAGGCUUAGUCAAACCAGACAGGGUGCACCAUCCUACACUCUUAUGGGUACAUACUACUGUACAUUCUCUAUCAGUCUGCCUGACUGAAAUGUUCACAUACAUAGUCCGUCUGUUGUUUUAGCCAAUAACUUGGCAGGACACUGAGGGGUUCAGUCAGCCAACCAAUGACUGAAGAAUGCAGGAUGCUGUCCUUGCUGGAAUGUUGUAGUAUAUAUAUAUCAUCAUAAGUUCAUGAGCAGAGUUUCUGUGUUCACUAUAGUUCUCAGUGAGAACGCCAUUUUAACCUUACAGGACACAGCAAGACUCCUCUUCAUCAUGUUCUUCCUCAUCCUCCUCCACUGCACCAUAUUGGUGACCUGCUGCUGAUCCCACAGACAGAACUACAGUUAUAUCUCUGACUCUGAGCCCCACCCGUACUGGGCUUAAGAGAGAGGCGAUGGACUUCUAACAACAACAACCUGGGCCUCCAUGUUGCUUUGCGGCGGACUGACUGAGGCGUUGUGAGAGACUAUGGAAAAUAAGCCCUCUAUGGCGGACGGAGGCUUGGGAGGGGGGGGAUCAGGAUUAUUAUGAUUAAGCCUUAAUAAAUCCACAGUAAUGAUGAUCAA